AUGAUACUGCAAAAUUUGUUGAUAAAAAUGUUAGUGUCAAAAUAUAACACUAGUAUAAUGCUGUUUAAAUUGUCACUGGUUAUGAUAUAUCUCUCUCUCUCUAGUGUCAUAACACAGGACUCCUAUGGUGAACCACGUUAUUACAGUAAUAGUGGGCAGUGUAUGAAGACAGGAUGGAUGGAGAUAAGUCACGAGGAGUGUCCCCUCUACCCACCGCUUUCUUCUAGAAUGCAUGCACAAUCAAGCUGUGAUCUGCGUUUCAAUCGCAUCCGAGAGGUAAACUCUGAUACUCUUCAGAAGCUGACAAACCUCCAUACCUUAUUAUUGAACAACAAUCAAAUCAGACGGAUUUCCCAGAGCUCAUUUCUAGCUCUUAAAGGUCUCAAACAUCUUUAUCUUUACAAGAAUGAUAUCCGCAGUAUACAGAGGAAUGCCUUCAAUGGACUUCAAUCGCUGGAGCAGCUGUAUCUUCACUUCAAUAACUUGGAUACCCUUGAUGCUGAGACUUUUGGAGAUCUUCCUAAACUGGAGAGACUGUUCUUGCACAAUAAUCGAAUCACCAGGAUUCAGCCAGGAACCUUCUCUAAGCUUUCGUCUCUGACCCGGUUACGGCUGGACUCCAAUCCUCUGUUCUGUGACUGUGAACUCAUGUGGCUGGUGGAUCUUCUCCGUACGUUUAAAAAGAGGAGCAGCACGCACACAGCCGCAACAUGCGAACACCCUGUCCACCUGCGAGGGACGUCGGUGAGCUCAUUGUCUGAGGACCAGUUCAACUGCGAGGUACCUCGUAUUAUAUCGGAACCCAAAGAUGCAGAUUUCAUUCUUGGGAACACUGUUUAUUUCACCUGUCGGGCAGAAGGGAACCCUAAACCAGAUAUUAUUUGGCUACACAAUAAAAAUGAGAUUGAUACAAGCUAUGAUGGACGUCUGAAUCUCUUACAUGAUGGGACCCUGAUGAUCCAGAAUACACAGGAAUCAGACAAAGGAAUUUACCAAUGUGCAGCCAAAAACAUAGCCGGUGAGGUGCGCACACAGGAAGCCAUUCUGCGCUACUCCAGCAGCCAUUCAAAGCCGUUUUUUAUAAUUCAGCCCCAGAACACAGAGGUCCUAGUAGGCAGCAGUGUAACACUUGAAUGUGGCGUCUCCGGAGAUCCUCAGCCGCGUAUUACCUGGACCACAGACACAGGAGAUCCCAUUUCCACAAAUAAUCGCAUUACCAUCACCAGCUCUGGAGGUCUGUACAUCCAAAACGUCACCUUCUCUGAACAGGGGCUCUAUCGGUGUCAUGCCAGCAACAGUGAAGGCUCCAUACAGGCGUCUGCUUCUAUUAUUGUGCAAGAAGAGCAGAAGUUUAUUGUGGUUCCUCAAGACCAGACCUUGACUGAGGGUCAAGAUGCCCAUUUCCCAUGUUUUGCAAGUGGUCGACCAGCUCCAGUCAUAACCUGGACCAAACAAGGAGAUGAAUUGCCGAAUGAUGGCAGGCACAUAAUUCAGGAAUCAGGGACUCUCCAGAUACUGAGGGUCAGCCAUCGUGAUGGAGGCCAGUAUGAGUGUCAUGCUACAAGUUCAAUGGGGGUGAGCUCAGUGUCAGUGCAGCUCCACGUACAGUCACAAGACAUGGUGCGCAUUGGAGAUGCUUAUGUAGAGAUGUCCAUACAAGAAGCUAUACAAAGUGUCAAUGCCAGCUUCAACUCAACCCACAGACAUCUGUUCAGCUGGCUCCCCAAGUCUCCCAGUGAUCUUAUGGCACUUUCUCGCUAUCCCAGAGAUCCUCAAGCUAUCGAAAUGGUAAGAGCAGCAGAAAUAUUAGAAAUAACGCUGAAACUCAUAGAGGAACACGUUCAGCACGGACUUCCCAAAGAGCUUAACACUACAAGCUACCACUACAGUGAACUGGUCUCCCCACACUAUAUCAGCAUGAUCUCAAAUGUGUCCGGCUGUUCUGCUCACAGACGGACUCCUAACUGCUCUGAUAUCUGUUUUCACCAACACUAUCGGAUGCAUGAUGGAACCUGUAACAACAUCCAACAUCCAACAUGGGGUGCCUCGCUCACUGCCUUCCAGCGUCUUCUUAAACCCACCUACCAAAAUGGAUUCAAUCUUCCUCGUGGACUUGGAGCCUCGGAAAAAUCAGGGGCGUUACCUUUACCUCUACCUCGUCUGGUGUCCACAACCAUGAUUGGUUCGGAGACCAUCACUCCAGAUUCUCAGUAUACACACAUGCUCAUGCAAUGGGGGCAAUUCUUGGAUCAUGAUCUGGACCAAACUAUCCCAGCUCUGAGUAUGUCCAGGUUUUCUGAUUCUUUACCUUGCAGCCAAGUUUGCACAAAUGACCCUCCUUGCCUUCCUAUAAGUAUACCUGAAAAUGACCGACGUGGGAGCAGUGGACGAUGUAUGUUCUUUGCCCGAUCCAGUCCGGUCUGUGGGAGUGGAGUGACUUCCCUUCUAAUGGAUUCUACCUAUUAUCGAGAACAGGUAAACAUGUUGACAUCAUACUUGGACGCCUCCAAUGUUUAUGGAAGUAUGGAACAGGAAUCCCAUGAGUUAAGAGACCUCAGUAACCAGAAGGGAAUGUUAAAAGUUGGCCAAGUGGUGCCUACAUCCGGAAAGCACUUGAUGCCUUCUGCCAGUGGACCUCCAACAGAGUGUAUGAGGGAUGAAAGGGAAAGUUCUAUUCCUUGUUUCCUUGCAGGAGACCAUCGAGCAAAUGAACAACUUGGCCUCACCUCUAUGCACACGCUCUGGUUUCGGGAACAUAAUCGUAUAGCAGAACAGCUGCUGAAAAUCAAUCCUCACUGGAACGGGGACAAGGUCUACCACGAAGCCCGGAAGUUAGUAGGUGCACAAAUGCAGCACAUCACCUACGAACACUGGCUUCCUAAAAUCUUAGGAGAAACUGGAAUGAGCAUGCUGGGGGAAUACAAAGGCUAUGACCCCAGUGUCAAUAGUGCCAUCUUUAAUGCCUUUGCCACUGCUGCCUUUAGAUUUGGACACACAUUGAUUAACCCUAUUCUUUAUCGGCUGAAUGAAAGCUUUCAACCCAUUGAGCAAGGUCAUCUUCCAUUGCACAAGACAUUCUUUAGUCCCUUUAGGUUAGUCCAGGAAGGAGGAAUUGAUCCAGUGCUUCGGGGACUUUAUGGGGUACCUGGGAAGAUGAGGGAACCCACAGAACUACUUAACUUGGAGCUUACAGAGAAACUGUUCUCUUCUGUACAUACUGUGUCCUUAGAUCUGGCUGCUAUUAAUAUCCAACGUGGUCGGGACCAUGGUAUUCCCCCCUACAAUGACUACAGAGUUUUCUGCAAUCUUACAUCAGCCCAGGACUUUGAGGAUUUUAAGGACGAAAUUAAGAAUCAAGAUAUAAGGGAGAAGCUUCGUAGCUUAUAUGGGACACCUAAAAAUGUAGACCUUUUCCCUGCCUUAAUCGUGGAGGACUUGGUGCCAGGAAGUCGUCUUGGACUCACAUUAAUGUGCCUGCUAGUGACUCAGUUCAAAAGACUCAGAGAUGGAGACAGAUUCUGGUAUAGUAACCCAGGUGUCUUCGCUCCAGCUCAGCUCACCCAGAUAAAGCAGACGUCACUGGCUCGGAUUCUUUGUGAUAAUGGGGACAACAUCCACCAUGUGCAAAAUGAUGUUUUUCGUGUAGCCUCCUUUCCUCAUGGCAUGCAGAAAUGUGAGGACAUCCCGCGGGUAGACCUAAGUUUCUGGAAGGAGUGCUGUGAUGGAUGUGGGAACAAAGGUCAGUUUGAUGCUCUUUCUCUACAAUUCCGAAGCCGGAGGGAGCAGCAGUUCAGUUACCCUGAAGAUAAUUCUCACACAUCCAGUUCGGAGGAGUCUAAACUGCACGGUCUGCCUGAUGACUAUUCUGCAGAAGAUCAUGUGCCCAGACUGGAGAGUGUGAUCUCUACACUGCAGAACAAGGUGCAGGAACUUGAAGCUCAGGUGAGGCACCUUCAAAGGACACUUCUGGACCGACAACCAGAGCACCAAAGUCUGCUGUGAUGUUACCAUAUAGCCAACUCACACUGCCCUUGGCACGAAGUGUGAAUACACCCCCGGUAAAGGCCCAAUUACACUCCCCAAAAAUCUUUUAUGAUUUGCUUGUUUUUCUGAGCAAUCCUAAAAGUAAUUGAUCCGUAUGAGGGUUUCUAUACACGCAGUUGUUGUGUGUGGUAAUUCCUGCAUGACCGAGAACUGCAUAGCAAAAAGUGCACUCAGCUUACGACAGAUUUCUAUGGUUUUGAAAUAAAAACGGGCUUCACUUGUUCUUGACAUGAAACCAUUGUUAUCCAUUGUAAGCCAUGUAUGGAUUGCCCUGACAGAAAAGAAGAUCUACAACUGUUUAUCAAUCAUCAAUUGUGAUGCCAUAAUAAUAGUGGCACAGAGGAUAAAUGUAGGCACCCUUCAUUGUGAUGUUUACACUUUGUUUUGUCUUGCUUUGCUGUCUAGCGCACAAACAGGUCCUGGUGUAUCAGAAUCUGUAUAUAUUGAUUAGUCCUACACCCAAGUAAUAAUAAAUACAGGGUGCCCACUUGAUGGAGGCUUUAGCUCCUAGACUAUUGAACACAUUUUUAUGAAAUUUGGUCAAUCCGUACCUUACAAGUCAGUAACCCCUCAUAACAUGUUCAUUGAGCAAUCCUUACUGGGAACCUUUCAGCUGUAUUUGCUUCCAAGAGCUGUAGAUGUGGCGUCCACUGGGUGUUAGUAGGACAUACCUUGUUCACUCUGUGACACCAGGGCACCGUUUAUCUGAUCCAUGGUCUGAAGGUGGGAAGCAGUCUUCUUGGGCCAGACACGAUGUGUCAAUAAACACACCGACAUCAGGUUACGGUUAACUUUUACUGAGCUUGUGAAGUUGGUAUAACACAAACAGCUGGUCUAAGUGUGAGAGUUCAGCUUACCUCUUGCGAGCCUUGUUGCCGUUCUGAGACUUGUGGUGCUUUUCACCAGACAGAAUUGUAUAAUUUGUGGUUCUGGUAGCAAGGGUCCUUCCAAGGCACUGUAGACUAUUCUGCAGGAGUAUGUAGUUCUCUCGCGAGUGAUAACUUGUAGGAUGACCAGUAGUAAACUGAAGUAGGCCUCAACUCAGGACACACGAGCAACACCUGAGCUUGGCUGUUGCUCAGGAGCAAACACUGGGUGAACUAGCUUGAACUAGACUCUAGAGUGAACUGACUAACUCCUCCCCUGUACCUCACUAUACAGAGGGGACUUUUGGGGUCUUAUUGGCUCACAUGGUCACAUGAGGUUUGCUUCUCACAAUUUUAAAGGCACAGUAUAGUUACAUAGUUAGUAUGAUUGAAA